GUGCCUCCAGGCCGCCCCGCCCCAGGCCCGGCGCCGGGAAAUGGGCGGGAAGGCCGCGCGGCGCGAGCCUGCACCCCCUUCCAAUCAAGGCCGCCCGUCGUCCGUCCGCGGCCUCCCAUUGGCUCGCUGUCUCCGGAGGCGGGGAGAGGGGGGCCGGGCAUCUGCCUUACUCUUGGCCAAUCGCCGGGCCCACCGCGCGCGCCCCUGGUUGCCCCUGGAAACCCAACAGCCGGCGUCCGGGAUCGGUAGUGCCUGCGGAGCUGGAGAAGGAUGGACGGCCUCUCCGAGAACCCUGGGGACCCCGAGGCGGAAGACGGAGAUGUGGCGAGCCUGUCCUCGAAGCUGUCCGGGGUCAAGGCCAUCUCAGGCCUCCAGUCCCCGGCCGAACCAACGGAGCCGGAGCCGGAGUCGCAACCGGAGCAGGGGACCGUAGAGGCUUCGGCAGGAGGCGCCGCCGAGGAUGAACCCGCCGAGCCCCGGGAAGGGCCGGCGGCCACCGAGGCUGGGGGCGAGGCGGAGCCCGGAGAGCCGGAGUGGCCGGCCGAGCUCGAGCCUGAGCCGGAACCCGAGCCCCCGGAGCCGGCUGAGGCCGGGCCUGAGGAGACAGCCCAGCCGGGGCCUGAAGACGGGCUCGCGGAACCGGAGGAGCAGGCAGAGGCAGAGACGGAGGAGGAGGGGGACAGGGAGGUGGACGAGGAGGAGGAGGAGGAGGAGGAGGAGGAGGAGGAGAAGGAAAGAGAGAAGGUGGCGGCAGCGGUGGUCCCGCGCAGGAGGAAGGAAGCCCCGUCUCAGGUCUCUCUGCCUCUGUCCACCACCGGCCGGGAAGAGGCUGUGUCAGCUCGGGAGGCCGAGGGGGAGGAGAGGCAGGGGGCGGAGAGCGAGGAAAUGGAGGAGCUGGGCCUGCUAAGAAGCCCGUGGAGAAGCCAGGUAAAGCUGAAAGAUGAGGAGGAGAGCCUCGACGAUGAGGACGGUGAAUGGACCGAAGAGGUGCAGAGGCUGCAGGAGCAGCAGCUGCGCGCUGAGCUCCUGCAACAGUACCAGUCGCUGGUGGCGGAGCGCGGCCACUACCAGCGCUACAACAUUUACCUGCAGCACAAGAUCUCCGAGGCGCUGCGCAAGAAGAAGGGCCCGGAUGCAGCCCAGGUGCCCGACAAGGGCGCGGAGCCCGAGGCCCCGGGGAAAGAGCAAGCGUACCUGCGCUAUCUGGCCAUGCUGGAGGAGCUGAGGAAGCAGCGGGCAGACGACCUGGACUGGUAUCACCAGGAGCUGGAGCAGCUGAAGCAGGAGGGCACGGAGGAGCUCGCCAGGGCGGAGAAGGAAUGGCGAGCCUUCCAGGCGCUCAAGAAGCAGGUGAUGGUGCAGGCCAUGGGCGGCUCCUGGAUGAGGGGCGGUCGCCAGGCCGCCCUGCGGCAGGUGGAGCAGAUCCAGGCGCUGGAGGAUAAGAAGGAGAAGGAGAUGAGUGCCGUGAGGCUAGAGAACGUGCAGCUGAAACAGAGCUUGGUGCAUCUCGAGACCCGGAUGAGGGCCCAGGAGGACCUGACCGAGGGUCUGCUCCUCAUCGAUUUCGAACAGCUCAAGAUUGAGAACCAGACCUUCAAUGAAAAAGUCGAGGAGCGAAAUGAGGAACUUUUAAAACUGCGCAACAAGGUGACCCACAACGUGCAGAUCGUAACCCACGUGAAGGAAAAGCUACACUUCGUGGAUUUACAAAAUGCAUGCAAGAAGUCACAGCUUUUGGAGAUUGAGGCUCAGGUAGCCCUAAGGAGGGACAUCUUGACCAAGACUAAGAAAGCCCGGGACGGCCUGAGGAUUGACAACAUCAAGUUGAACCAGAAGUGUGGGCUUCUGGGCAAGGAGCCACUCCUUUGCGACCUGGAAGAGAAAGUGGACAAGGCAAAACUGCUCAGGCAGCGUCUGGAAUCCCUGAAGCGCCAUCACGCCGGGCUCAUUAUGUCCUGCAGAGGCGUGAAGCAGAAGAUGCGGGAAGCCAAAGCCUUUCUCCCAUCUUAACACACACGACGAUGGGAAGGGCCGGCAGAGCGCCUUCCGUCGCAACGACUCUCCGCCCUCGUGAAAUCCGAUUCUCCGCUCGUGGCCAUCUUUAAAAGGCCUACAGUAUUGGGAAUGGGGCUGUAUUUUGUAUCGACCUCAUCAUUUUUCAGCUUCCAAGUCUGUCCUGAGAGCAAAAUGGGGUUAACAGUCGGUUUUACAUGGCGUUAACUAAAAUAGGCCCAGAGAAACACACACCAGGGAUGGCUCGGUGUCCCGAACGUCUCACAAGAAGCUGUCUUUUAAAAAGCCUUUCCUUACCUGAGAAAUUCCAUAAUUUCAAUGCCCCAAUCCCGAGGAAAAUGGUCCCUCCUCCGCGUGUGGGAGGGUCUGACAAAUAGGCAGGGGACCAAGAAAUUUCCUGUGCACGCCAAUUAUUAAAUCCCCUUCGAAUUUUUAAAACAUGUAGUCCUGAACAUUUAAAAUAUGUAGUACAUUCUCAAUUCAAAGCUCCCUGAUUACUUUAGAUGAAUCUAAAACUGUGGUGUGUGUAGGCAGCACUAGCGACUGGGUAACAAGACUGGGUAAGAAACAAGACGCAGGAAACAGGAGAAAUGAUACAUAGGAAAAGGAGCUGUGGUUUUGUCCUCUUUCCUUUUGCCAUGAGAGGGGGCUCAGUCUGCUUGACCGUUCACGUUUGUUUCUGGCUCAAUGACGGUCUUCAAUUCUAAUGAAAUGUUUUCUUGGAUCCUCUAAAGAAACACAUUUGUCUAUACAAAAACAUGCACUUUUAUUUUCCAGUGAAGACAAAAUGAUGAUUGUAUUGCGUUUGGCCAGGUGCACAAUAUAGGGAAUAGUGACUACCAACUGUCCAUGAGCCUUUUGUUUCCAGCAAGAUAGUUGUGGAUCUUGGGCCCUCACUAUGCACAUGAUUUUACUCUGUUUCCACUCUUGAAAUGUCUAUCAUUCCUUGUGUUAAUGUAAGAAAUGCCUGAUAGGUCUGCCUCUUUAAUCCAGAAUCAGUGAUUAACAUUUGCAGUUUCCUCCGAUGCUUCUGGAGCUGGGGGUUUGGCUUUAUUUCUCCUUAAUUUUAUAAUUUUUUAAUCUUUAAUUUGUGAGAGAGAGAGAGACAGAGUGCAUGCGGGGGGAGGAACAGAGAGAGAAGGAGACACAGAAUCCGAAGCAGGCUCCAGGCUCCCAGCUGUCAGCACAGAGCCCGAUGCGGGGCUCGAACCCACGAACCGCGAGAUCAUGACCUGAGCCGAAGUCGGACGCUCAACCGACUGAGUCACCCAGGCGCCUCUCUGCCUAAUUGUAAAUUGAAUUUUGAGCCGUGCAGAUGUGAGAUCAGAAGUGUUCUCCCAUCCGCAAACUUAAGUAGGUCCUAGGAGGAGUGACCUGUUUGGUGCUGAACACCUUGACACAAUGGUAGAAGGCCUGCUCUAGGCAGAUGACUCGGUGGGUCGUGGGUACUUCACAAUUAUUUUACCUUUGGGUGAUGCGAUCUUACGUUCCCUUUCAAGCCAAUGAAGGUUGGUGAAAAUCCCUUUUCUAACUUCUACAGCUUAAAUACACUCCUUUACAGGAUCAGGCUUACCCAACCUGGGGGAGUAAAAAGCAUUCACUUCCUGCUUCCACCCUCCUUCUCCCCUACAGUCGUUUUCUCCCCUCUACCCGGUUCCUCAAGGCCAAAGAGAAGGUGUAACUCACGAGCAAAUGGAACUUCAUCUUCCGCGUGCCUCAGGCUAAAAGCAGCACAGGCCACUGGGUUCUUCUGUGGUUGGGAAGGCUUCAAAGUGCAACUGGCAACAGGCACCUGCCUUCCCCAAGCAAGCAGCUUUCGUUGCAAGAGUGCGUAUCCCUUGGGUUCGCUAGGGGGGAAAUGGGUAUUUUCAGCUGACUCUGACCCACUGGCAGUUAGCAAGGCUGAACCAAGCACUCCUGAACCAGCCCUGAACCAGGCUCUCGUGAGCACAGAGAGACUGAUGAAGUUGGCAUUGCUUUAAGCUGCAGAGUUACCGGCGUUCUCUCCAAUUACAUUAUCUCAUGCUGGAGAUGUUACAAUUAAUUAGAAGACCAAGAAUGUGUUGAUUACUUCCUAGCGAGGGUCCUAAUUAGAUUACGGGAGAGCUCUUAAUCGUGAAAUAGCCAUGCAUUCACACGUGGUUUCUUUCGACUGCCUCAGAGGAGGGAAUGCCACACCCCGCCCCCCCCCCCCCCCCCGUCUUCCUGAUGUGCCCUCUGUGCCCCACGGCCGCCUGUGUUUAGCCCCAUCCCAGCCUCUGACCCACUGCUUUAUGACCGUCUGCUUAGUUCUCUGGACCCCAGUGAGACAGAGGCCCUCAGGGUAAGUAGACGGUCGUCCUCCCCAGUAGUCAAUACAAAGCCUAACACAUAAUCAGUGCUCCAUAAUUUGCCGGGUUAAUACAUCAACAUCAUGCCACUCUCCUCUUCUGAAAAUAAGUUACUUGAAUGCCUAUUGUAUGCCAGGAACUGCUAAGUGCUCUAUCGGGUUCUAAAAUGAUCACAGGUAGAAAGAGGAUGUCUCCAGAAGUAGGAGCAAUGAGAAUGACAGGGUCUUGGAAGGACACCACUCCAGAGACCGAGUCCAUUCUGGCAGGGACCACUUCCGAAGAGCCUCCCUUCCUCUAGAAGAUUUCGGGGGGAGGGGGGCGGGGCUGGACUAGAAAUCUCUAAAAUCAAAGGCUAGAGAUUUUGUCACCUUGUCAAAAAUUCGGGCCUGCAAAAUGCAGGCACAGAAAAAUCUGAGAUGUUACGUGAAACUUCUUUUUAAAUUGGUCCGAGUCGAGGGGCACCUGGCUGACUCAGCUGGUUAAGUGUCCAACUCGUGAUUUCGGCUCAGUUCAUGAUCUCACUGUGAGUUCGAGCCCCAUGUCAGGUUCUGUGCUGACAGCACAGAGCCUGCUUGGGAUUCUCUCUCCUGCUCUCUGACCCUCCCCUACUCUCUGUCUCUCAAAUAUUAAAAAAAAAUAAAUGGGUCUGAGUCAGAAGUGUCCCAGGCCACUUUUGUCUGUUUGUGGCCCCAGGGUCAGGAGGGAAUCAGGCAGUACCUACAUGGAGCCCAAGGCAUCUGAAAAGGAAUUAGUAGGUGAAAGUCAUUUUUGGAGACUUACCCAUUUCAGAUUAUAAAAUUACCUAAGUGGUCAAACAAACGCUUUCUUUCUUUGUAAAUUGGUCUGAGCCAUAAUUUAGAUUUUUGCCCCUGGUCGGGGAUGCCUGUCUGAUAUGAUAAAGUCACUCAAAAUUAAUGCACCCCACUUUGGAACUUCCGUUUUCAACUUGGAAGACAGUCUUCGUGAGGACAAAUUGUACAAGCAAUAUGGUCGGGAACGACUCCGGGUUGGGGGGACCCGCCUCUGAGCGGCCGGCGGGAGCAGGGGCCACACAGGCUGGGCACCGCUCGGGCCCACACCUCCUGCUUGCCAGGCAUGCUCCUGUCGUAACCACAGUCUGAACAGGCACAGGUUUGAAUGAAUACAUUUCCACCCGCCCCAGCUUUCUCCCUGAUGCAGGCUUCUAAUAUUUCACCCAAAAGAUGCCACGAUGAGCACAGAGAUGCAUCGAGGAGGAAGACCGUGUAGCACCCGCAAAUGAAGGCUUUGGCAUCAGGCUGAGCUGGAUUCUGGUCCCUUCUGUGACCUGGGACAAACACUCGACGUUUCUAAACCUCAGCGUGCUCCCUGGUACGAUGGGGUAAACGUAAGAAAAAGUCAAGCGUAUGAAAAAAGUGUCUUUCCUAGGUGGUGAAAUUAUGAUUUUUAUUUUUUGUGUGCUUUGGGGCAUUUCCAAAUUGUAUUUAACAUGCAUCCGAUAAUUAGAGGGAAGACACUGAUUUUUACAAUUCGUAAGUUCACCAAGAGUUCAGACACCGAAAGUCUGUAUGUCAAGAGCACGAAUCUAGCUCUCUAUGGUGACGCGUUUCUUUUGAUGACAAGUAAUUCAGCAUCUUUUUUAAUCCUCACGAGCCAGGGGAUGGAAGCUGGUACGCUUUUUAAAAGAGAAAUGAGGCUGAUGCAGUUUAAAUACUUCUGCUGGCGUGGCCGUGCCCGGCGGAGCACCCCCUCCUGGCGCCAGCCGGCUGCAGGCGCAGUGGUGCUCACGGAGGAGCCCGAGGUGCCUUGAGCCAGCCAGCGCUCCAGGCCUCGCAGAAAUACCCGGGGACUUGCGGUCACGGCGAGCCGCUGGGUGGGCGGCUGGGUGCUGUGGCGUCUCCCACGGCCCCAUCUGAGGACUCGCCUUGGCUCUAAGGCCUGCCUCUGCUGGCCAGCGGCUCCCCUCAAGGUCCCGCGGGGACCCCUCCCUGUGCUGCUGGAGUAUCUCAUUCCCUCUCUGGGCUUUCGCGGCAGGUGCACGUUGGGUGUUUGAACUGUCCGCCCCCAGUGUCCACAACCUCCAUCCCCAAGGCUCGUACGUCCCCAAGGUCCUCCCGGAGCUGGCUGGCAUGGCUGCCUCCUUCCCGGCAGGCUGGGCCUUACACCCAGGAGGCAUUCGGGUGAAUGAAUCCAGGCCUCGCCCCGCACCCCGCACUUGGGAGUUGAGGUCAGGGCCAGAGGAGGAAGGCCUGUGCCCUGGGGAGGGGGCCGGCAAGGGCCCAGGAGCCACAGGGCCAGAGUCUGAACCCCAGGCCCGUCCAAGCAGACCAGCUCUCGGCAUCGCACCCGCGGAAAGGGGACGCUGACAGGGCUGCUGUGGAGAGAAAUGGGGCCUGGGGUGGGUGAAGCGGUGCAGUGAGCCCCAGGACACGACUGCCAUCCACCGUGGCCACCCUCGCGGCCACAGUCCCUCAGAGCCUGCGCCAAGUGGAGAAAAGAGAACUGUGGCCCAGGGCAGCGACGGGACCCCCUCGUGAGGACAGAUGGGAGCCUUGUGCUGGGGGCCAGAGAUGGCGAACGCCGUGACAGUGAGCUGCGCGGUCCCUGGGGAAGGACUCGACAGGCUCCUCCCCGGGCCUCCAGCCCUUGGUUCCAACCGCCCAGCGCCCCACCGACGAACGUGAGCACACACGUGACCUCUCGGACACUUACGUUCUCAGCCACGGACAGGGACGGAGGUGCACAGCAGCCCGGGAGGAGCCCACGGUCACUUGGAGGGUGGCGGUGGUGCCGGACCGCGACACCAGCACUCCGAGCAGGCUCCAGGGUGAGUGUGCACCAGCUGCUGGGUCGGGCGCAGAGGUGUGAGCAGCGAGCCUGGCGGCACGCGGCACCAGACCACGGGGGUGGGCAAGUCUGAGGUUCCCCUUCAGCUUGGGGUGGGGGCACACGAAACUCCCAAAUCCCUUGACCAAAUUAACUCCUUCACUGAACUGGGCCUCGGAUUUUCAACCAGCACGACGCUCGAAGUCAGGUGUUGCCAUUUUUAAGGUGGGAACUUCAAUUUUAAACCAAGCGACAGUGAACACAAGUAACAAUUUUACAUGACUUUAAUAAAACCACAUAUUUACAGUUCAAAAAGUCCUAAUUUGAUAGACUUUACUAAAUAAAAUUAAAGGUUAACUGUACAGGCAAUUAAAACAUGAUAUGUAGCAAGUAUUAUCAGGAAUUUUUCUAUCAGCAAACUAUUUAAAAUAGUCAAAAACUGAGCAGUUAAAAAGUACCAUUUAAAGUGAACAA